GGGCAUAAGGAAAUGGUGGCAAGCGCUUCCUCCUAACAAGAAGGAGCUGUUUAAAGACAGUGUGAAGAAGAAUAAAUGGAAGUUGCUCCUUGGUCUGAGUGCCUCUGGACUGCUGUUCGUAGUGUUUUAUUUCACUCACCUGGAAGUGAGCCCUGUGACCGGAAGGAGCAAACUGUUGUUACUGGGGAAGGAACACUUCAGACUUCUGUCAGACCUGGAAUACAAAGUGUGGAUGGAAGAAUUUAAAAACGACAUGCUGCCUGAAAGAGACCCCCGGUACCUGACUGUUAAAGAAGUGGUGUAUCAUCUAACACAAUGCAAUCAGGAUGUCCCAGGGAUCUCUGAGAUCAACUGGGUGAUUCAUGUGGUUGAUUCCCCAGAUGUAAAUGCCUUUGUUCUUCCAAACGGACAAGUGUUUGUUUUCACUGGGCUUUUGAAUAGUGUAACCGAUACUCACCAGCUCUCCUUCCUUCUGGGCCAUGAGAUUGCACAUGCGGUCCUGGGGCACGCUGCAGAAAAGGCUAGUGUGGCUCACUUACUGGAUUUCCUUGGUAUGAUUUUUCUCACAAUGAUUUGGGCUGUUUGUCCACGAGACAGCUUGGCACUUCUGGGUCAGUGGUUACAAUCAAAGUUGCAGGAGUAUAUGUUUGAUAGACCAUACAGUAGAACAUUGGAGGCGGAAGCUGACAAAAUUGGACUACAGCUUGCUGCAAAGGCAUGUGUGGAUGUAAGAGCCAGCUCAGUAUUUUGGCAGCAGAUGGAGUUUUCUGAGAGUCUUCACGGUUACCCUAAGUUGCCAGAAUGGCUGUCGACACACCCUUCUCACGGGAACCGAGCCGAACACUUGGACAGACUCAUACCACAGGCUCUCAAACUUCGGGAGGUCUGUAAUUGCCCACCGCUCUCUGGACCAGACCCUCGGCUGCUGUUCAAGCUUACUGUGAAGCGUUUUCUUGAGGACUCAGAGAAAGAGGACCUAAACACCACCGUUAGGAAACAGAAAACGGCAGCUCUCCCCAUUCAGAAGCAGGAACAGAUACCACUGACAUACAUAGUUGAGAAAAAAACUACAAGUUGAAAUAAAAUGUAUGAGACGUGGGCUAUGAAGAAUACAUCCGUACUCAUCGUUUUUAUGCAACUCCUAAAAAUGAUGUUUUAAAUGGACAAAAAGGGAUAAUUAAGGUCAAGUCAUGUAUAUUACAGAUGUCUGAAUUUUUUUCUAGAUUCGUAUCUUUCAUGAAAUAUUGAUGUGUUUUAAUCUAUUUUACAAUACUUACAAUGAGGAAAAUGUCAUAGAAUAAAUUUAUAUUGUGCAUCUCA